AUGGGCCCUAGUCCGAUUCCUGCUCCAAUGCACCUGGCCGUAUCUCGCGUCGCCGAAAAUGCCGCUAAGCACCGUCUGCUGCUCGCUCCGCUGCUGUUUACCGUCUUGGGAGCCGUUGGCAGUGUUAACAGCCCUGUCCAGCACUCGCUCCUCGUGACCUCGGCGUCGUGGGCGAUACUAUGGAUCCCUCUUGUAUUCCGCGUGGGGCUGCAUGCGAAUGCCGGAGGCGGAAAGAGGAGCACCAGCUGGCUUGCGGGCGCAUUCCUUGCGCUGGCGCACAUCUGCGACAGAGCUGCCUGCGACAAGGACGGCAUACGAGCGACCAAGUGGCUGCUCCCACUGCUCGUCGUGCUCGUCUCUGAGAGCGAGCUCCUGUCCAGACACCCUGCCCUGCCCACGCACUCCCGCAGCGACUCGACCAACUCGAACAGCGCCUUCGAGAAGCCCGCCAGCAAGAGGCCAUGGGAUCUCCUGGUCACCCUCACCAUGGCCGCGAGUGCCGCGAUGAGCAUCUACACCACGUCUCCGACCUCCGCGCUUGGCAUCAGCGGCGCCAUCUUCGCUGCGUCGGGUCUGGUCUUGUUUGAGACGGCAGUGCAGGGCGCAAGGGACGAUAAUGAGGGCGGUACGCGAGGACUCAUGUCUGCAGACGGCUCGUUCUCGCGACAAGGCUUAGUCAGCAGCAGUCGAAAAGCGCUGGAGCUUGUGGCUUUGCGGGACGUUGCAGCUGCCAUGACCGUCAUAUGUGGCAUUGCAGUCUACAUGAUGGAGCCCUCGGUUAUGCCAGGCGCUGCGACGUGGGAGCCGCUGUAUCGAGAGUUUGAUCGCGACUGGAAGACAGUACAUGACUUCAGAACUGUGCGCCAAGUAUUCUCCAUGAUCAUCGUUAAUGCCGCUUUCAAUCUUCUCACGUUUCUUCUCCUUCUCCGCGAGGGCGCUGUUCCUGUUUCUCUAUGGGGCCUGUUCUCUUGCAUCUGUGCCCAACUCAAGUUUGCCACUACCUUUUCAGGCAUAUGGUUCACCUGCCUCUACGGAGUUUCUGCUCUUUUAUACCUUUACGGCGGAUCGCUUCCAGACGCUUUCGUUGACGUUCGGCAUUCUACAUACAUAAGACGCAUCUUGUUUGGAGUUACGACAUUCUCGGUCUUCGUGCUGCUGGUUCGUCACGCAUCUGGAGCGCAUCACUACAGACUUACAGCUGAGGUCCCCUCUAUCUUCGAGGUGCAAUCUUCAUCGACGCCUCUUGGCUCUAUUCCGAUUGACCUGAAGGAAGGACACCCUGCAGAACAGCUGAUCAACGCUGCCGAGACUGAACUUCAGCAGCUGCUGAAGAGGCAGUCGAAAUCUCUGGACCAGGCCGUUCGCGAGUAUCGGCGCAGGAACGGAAUAGCACCUCCUCCUCACUUCGACAAGUGGUUCGAGUUUGCUCAGCGUCGAAAUGUUGUGAUGAUCGACGAGUUCGACAUGAUCAACCAAAUGCUGCUGCCCUUCUGGGCACUCGAACCCAAAACGAUACGGUCGCGCAUCAAGAACGCAAUAGGCCAUGAGGACAGUGCUUUGAUUGCCGUGGCUAUCCGAAACGGGGAAGUGGUAUCUGUAGGCAACGGCGAUGAAUGGCAGCAGCAAGCCACAACAGGCAUGAUGAAGGACUUCGUUGCCUACCUUCCAGACAUGGAUCUGGGCUUCAACAUCCAUGAUGAGCCUCGUGUGGUCGUGCCGAACGACCUGCUGUCUUCAAUGAUCGCCAAAGCCCGAGACCAGGUUCUGCCCCGUGCUGCAAAGAACGCCCUGCCUCGCAACGACUUCUCGAAACGACCGAAGGAUCUGAAUGAUGGUAAGCGCUUCGACGAGGUCAGCACAAGCAAGUUCAACCGCUUCGCACAUCAACAAACGUGGACGCACUCCCGCCUCUCGUGUCCCACCGACAGCCAGGCCCAGACAUAUGAAGACUUCGCCGCCGACAAUCUGACCUCGUACGCCGCAGGCCCUUUGAACUACGUGUACGACCCGAUAGCAUUCUCAGACAUCUGCAACUCGCCAUCAUUUUCGUCAACAUUCGGUUUCUUCGAGCGUCCCAACGCCUUCAGCAUCACCCACGAGCUCACACCCAUCUUCUCGCAGUCCAAGGUCUCCAGCUUCCAAGAUAUUCUCUACCCCAGCCCGUGGUACUGGUUUGGCAAAGUGACUUACAGCAAGUCUCACGACACGAGCUGGGAAAACAAAAUCAACAGCCUCUACUGGCGCGGCUCCACAACCGGCGGCUUCAGUCGCAACGGCGGCUGGCGCCGCCAACACCGUCAGCAUAUUGUCCAGCGCAUCAACGCCCCGGACACAGCGCAGAUCCUCGUUCGUCCGGUCACCUCCACCGCCCCCUACCAAGUCAAGGAUAUCGACCGCCGCGCCCUGCGCCACCUGGUCGACGUCAAAUUUAGCCAUGUCGGCCAGUGCGACCCGGGCGACUGCGACGCGCAGAAGGAGUUCUUCGACGUCGUCGAGCGUGUCGACGGCCACGAAGCCUGGUCCUACAAGCACCUGCUCGACAUGGACGGCAACGCCUUCUCCGGCCGCUUCUACAGCUUCCUCCAGAGCCGCAGCCUGACGUACAAGAUGAGCGUGUUUCGCGAGUGGCACAAUGAGUGGCUCAAGCCGUGGGUGCAUUAUAUACCCGUUAGCUUGAGAGGCGAUGAGCAUCUCGACCUUGUCCGGUGGUUUAGCGGAGAUACGACGGAGACUGGGGGCGUGGGCGGGGUGCAGGAGAAGCAGGCUGGUAAGGGGGGGAAUGGGGGGAGUUUGGGGGAGAGGAAGGCGCGGGAGAUUGCGGAGAGGAGUACAGAGUGGCAUGAUAAGGUGCUGAGGAAUGCCGACUUUGAGACGUGGUUCUUUAGGUUGCUGCUCGAAUACGGAAGGGUUGUCGACGACAAUCGUGAGGAGAUAGGAUACCCCGGACCGUGA